CUCGGGCUCCCGCCGCCCUGGGCUCCGGGCCGCGGCAGGUGCGGGGCGGCCAGGCAGGCCGGCGAGGGAGGCGCCGCGGCUCGUGGAUGAGAGUUGACCCCGAUCUCCGCGCAGGGGACCCCGACCGUCAUGUUAAGGUGAAGCAGAGGGGUUCGGUGCUGAACAUGCUAAGAAGGCUGGACAAAAUCCGGUUCAGAGGUCACAAGAGAGACGACUUCCUCGACCUGGCGGAGUCUCCCAAUGCCUCGGACACCGAAUGCGGAGAGGAGAUCCCCCUGAAGAUCCCUCGGACUGCACUGCCCCGCGACAGCGAGGAGCUGAGGGACCCUGCCGGCCCGGGAACCCUCAUCAUGGCUGCAGGGGUCCAGGACUUCAACCGGACAGAGUCUGACCGGCUGAACGAGAUCAAAGGCCAUCUGGAAAUCGCCUUGCUGGAAAAGCACUUUCUCCAGGAGGAGCUUCGGAAGCUGCGAGAAGAGACCAACGCAGAGACGCUGAGGCAGGAGCUGGAGCGCGAGCGGCAGAGGCGGCUGGAACUGGAGCAGAGGGUCCAGGAGGUGCUGAAGACCAGAUCCGAGGAGCAGCCGGCUCAGCAGCCUCCCAAGGGGCAGGCGCAGGUUAAUAAUGGAGCAGACCGCCGGGGCCAGGGGCUGUGCACCCGCCUCCAGAAGUGGUUCUACGACAGGUUCGGGGAGUACGUGGAGGACUUCCGGUUCCAGCCAGAGGAGAGCACUGUGGAGGCAGAGGAGCCCCUCAGCGCCAGGAGGUUAACGGAAAACAUGAGGAGACUAAAGCGCGGUGCCAAGCCUGUCACCAACUUUGUGAAGAACCUCUCUGCCUUAUCUGAUUGGUAUUCCGUCUACACGUCUGCCAUUGCCUUCAUUGUGUACAUGAAUGCUGUAUGGCAUGGCUGGGCCAUCCCCAUGUUCUUGUUUCUGGCAAUCCUGAGGUUGUCCCUCAAUUACCUCAUCGCCAGGGGCUGGAGGAUACAGUGGAGCAUUGUUCCGGAAGUGUCCGAAGUUGUGGAACCUCCCAAAGAAGACUUGACUGUGUCCGAGAAGUUCCAGCUGGUGCUGGACGUGGCCCAGAAGGCCCAGAACCUCUUUGGCAAGAUGGCCGACAUCCUGGAAAAGAUCAAGAACCUGUUCAUGUGGGUGCAGCCCGAGAUCACGCAGAAGCUGUACGUCGCACUGUGGGCCGCCUUCCUCGCCUCCUGCUUCUUCCCCUACCGCCUCGUGGGGCUCGCCAUGGGACUUUAUGCUGGAGUCAAGUUUUUCCUCAUCGAUUUCGUCUUUAAACGCUGCCCGAGGCUCCGAGCCAAGUACGACACGCCCUAUAUCAUCUGGAAGAGUCUCCCUACGGACCCCCAGCUGAAAGAGCGUGCCAGUGCUGCCACCGUGUCACGCCGGCUCCAGACCACCUCCUCGCGGAGCUGUGUUUCCAGUGCACCAGCUGGCCUAGGCAGAGACGAAGAUUCCGGUCGCUUCCAUGGCACCAAGAAGGGCAACUUCCAUGAAAUCUUUAACCUGACGGAGAACGAGCGGCCACUGGCAGUGUGUGAGAGCGGCUGGCGCUGCUGCCUCAUCAACAGAGAUCGCAAGAUGCCCACUGACUACAUCCGGAACGGUGUUCUCUAUGUGACGGAAAAUUACUUGUGCUUUGAAAGCUCGAAAUCUGGGUCUUCAAAACGAAACAAAGUCAUCAAGCUGGCAGACAUCACAGACAUCCAGAAGUACAAGGUCCUCUCUGUCCUCCCAGGGUCAGGCAUGGGGAUCGCAGUGUCGACACCCUCAACCCAGAAACCGCUGGUGUUCGGGGCCAUGGUGCACCGUGACGAGGCGUUUGAGGCCAUCUUCAACCAGUACAUGAAGAUCACAUCAGCAGCAGCCGCGGGCGGGGACAGCUAGUACCAAGGCCUGCACUGCUGGGAUUGCCCUUUAACUGUGUGGUAGUGGAAACAAUCGGACAUACUCAUGAUCUUUUGCAAUAACCCCGGACCGUGGUUUCUGCUGUGCAGCCCCGAAUCUUAGACACCUCCCAGCGGGGCUGGGUCUGCAGGCUGGUGCUGCUGCCACCGGCACCUGAAGCACUUUUUAUGCACAUUCGGGACAUGGAGGGGGAGGGUCCCUCAGAAGCCUGGGUGAAGGAGGACAGCAGAGGCCUGUCUCCGCUGCCACCACACCUGGCUCCUCCUGGUUCCAGCCGGGAUGGAGAAGGUCCCCCGCGGCUUCAGAACAUGGAGGCGUCCCAACCACCAAAGCCAUAGCCGGGGCAGGGUGUGGGCUCCCACCUCUGAGGUGGAAGGUAAAGGAGACAUCAAGGACCACCGAGGGAAAGGGGCUGACCAGUCUUACCCUCCCUCAGCAGGACCCCGCUGUGUUUGUCCUCGGGGUGGGAAGGGCUGGUGGGGGCACAGCUCCGUCCGCUGACCCGGGCUCGUCUUGGGCAUGCGGCUCUGGGCCGAGCCUUCCGCGAGCCGGUGGGAGGGAGUGGCGGUGGCGCAGAGCAGCGCCUAGGUAAAAAGCACAUCUCCCGACACUUGCUGCUUUGGAGGCCAGGGGAGCGCCCACCCAGCCUUUGGGGCGCUCCCAGCUCUGGCGGCACUUGGAGAAGUCACCCAGCUGACCGCAGCUCUGGGCUGGGUUCCAGUCCAUGUAAGGGGGCGGGUGACUAGGGCAGGCAGGAGUCCCUGGGUCCAUGGUGCUGGUCAUCUUGGAAGGUCACCGCCUGGCGCCCAGAGGGUAGGGGCCAGGGCUUUCCCACCCUGACGUCCACCAGUGCCCACCUGUGCCCAGCCGCUGCCCUCCCCGGGAAACAGCCUCCCAUGACUCCCACACCCUGGGAAAAGGUGGCCGAUGGGGGGCUGGGGGGCGGUUCCCGGGCAGGGUUUAUUCUGAGACCCCUGCAUUUGGCUUGGACAGGAGGAGACGCCCAUUUGGAGGCUUCCGGACAGGCGGGCAGCCUCCCUGGAGAAGGGGUGGGCGGGGCUGCAGACGCGGCCAGCAGAGCAGUGACCCCUUGGUCCACUGGCAUGUCCACCCAUCCGGAGCUUCUGCGUAUCAGGAGGGCGUUUUUUGAAGAAACAGAAGAUUAUAUUUUUUACAGAGAGCAAGCUGUUUUUCUUAUUUUUGUAUCAUUUUUCAGAUGUGAUUUUUACCUAUCCUCCGACCUUCACUUGCUGGCUUGGGGAGGAAUCUGGUGGCGGUGGUGGCCUGUUAACCCCCUCACGUGGGCGCUGAGGGUCUCGCAGCUGGUUCCAGGGAGUGCUUUGGGGGGGGUGACACCGGCCAGCCAGGGGAAGCACGUGCCCCACCUGACGUGGUCCACAAGGCCGCGGGGUGGGGGGAGCUGGCGGGCAGUCGGCGUCGUCCUGUCCUGUAACCGCUCGGGAAGGAAGGCGGGCCGCUGCAUCCCUGGCUUGGCCCUGACCUGGGAUGCACGUGGACUGGUUCACACAGGGUUAUGUGGAAGCCUCGGGGACACGUGGGAUCACACUCCAGGGGGACUGCCCAUGGUGCCUGAGGCGUGGCAGGGGUGGCCCCGAACUGGCCCGGGGACGGCUGCACAGGGACCCCUGCUGCCAGUCACAUCCCUUCCACAAGCCUGGCAGCAGCGUGGGGGCUGAGGCCCACAAGGUCUGAGUGCCACCCCGCCAAGUGCCUCUGUUUAAGUGGCAGGAACUCUGUCCCUGAGCGCAGGGCAGGGGUGUACACUGUGGGAGGGCUUUAAUUUCUUGCACAGAAGUGGGUGGUUUAGCCGGAGUCCCUUCUAAGGAGAAAGGGCAAUGAAAACUGACCACCACAGAUGGCCUGGGAGGCCCCGGCCCAGCACGUGGCUGUAGCUGGGGUGGUGGAUGGGGCCUGACCCGGCGUCUCACACUCUCCAGUGGCAGCAGGUCCUUCCCGGGAAGCCGGUAAAGGCAGACAGCCUUUGUCAGGGUGGACUCGGCCCUCUGGGGCCGCUGGGCUCCUGCCAGAGAGCGGGCCCGGCCGUUCUUAAGGAAUUGGGUGAAUCUGGGCCGAUAUUUAAUUUCUACAACUAAUCAUUGACCUAGAGUGAAUGUUGACUUUUUUACGUCUGAAGCUUGAGUCUGUUCUGGACCUGUGAAUACUCGUCACCUGUGUAACUUUUGUCCAACAAAACGAUUGUACUGUAUGAGGAACCCAUGGAAACAAUUCCCCUGUAACAUUUUUUUAAAGAAAACUGUUUAAAGAAAAAGUCUUGUAUAAAUUAUAAUUUUUAUUUAAAUAAACCUGAAAUGCUUUGUGCUAACGCAUGCGAUUUAAG